CACUUCUUUAAUCCAUUUUAUCUUAUAAUUUGUAUAUUAAAAAAUUAUAAAAAUUAUAUAUUAAUAAUCUAUAUGUUAAGACGAAUCAAACAAGAUCACACAUGACUAUUUUUAGACUUACACAUUGAGAGAAUUUGAUGAGUCAAAGUGAAUAUGUUUUAUUGUAAAUUGACAUUUUAGUCCUUAAUUUUUUUUUUGAGGUUAAACACCAACUCAAUGUACUCCCUCCGUUCCGCUAUAUUCGUCCACUUUUGACUUUUGAAACUGUUCAUCUAAGCACUUUGACUCAUCAAAUUCUCUCAAUGUGUAAGCCUAAAUAUAGUCAUGCGUGAUCUUGUUUGAUUUGUCUUAACAUAUAGAUUAUUAAUAUAUAAUUUCUAUAAUUUUUUAAUAUACAAAUUACAAGAUAAAAUGGAUUAAAGAAGUGUAUUGGAUAGUGUGUAAAAAUGAAAGUGGACAAAUAUAGUGGGACGGAGGAAGUAAUUCCAGUUUCGUUGGAGAAAGCCAUGUUGGCGGUCUUCUGGACAGCGAAAAGAUUAACUCCGUACUUUCAGGCUCAUCGGAUAGUUGUGCUCACCAAUGAGCCUUUGGCGUCACUUACCCGAAGCCCAGCGGCGUCUACCCGGAUGACUAAAUGGGCAGUCUUCAUCAGUCAGUAUAACGUGGAGUUCAGACCGCGUCCAUCCAUCAAGGGACAUGCACUCGCUGACUUCCGAGUUGAGUGCACUGCCAGGGAGGUAACUAGGAACCAGGCUGAAACUCGAGAAGAGAAGGAUUGGUGGAUAAUGAGCAUCGAUGGAUCUUCUGGGUCUCGAUCUUGCGGAGCAGGUAUCGUCUUGGUCACCCCAGAAAAUUUCCGGAUUUAUUAUGCUAUCAGAUUUCAAUUCCGCGUGUCCAAUAAUGAAGCCGAAUAUGAGGCCCUGAUCAACAGAUUGAAGAUUCUUGGCAAGAUGGGAGUAUCCAAGGUCCAGGUUUACACUGACUCCCGAUUAGUGGUAGGACAAAUCACAGGGGAGUUUGAAGCAAAGGAAGAGAGGAUGAAAAGGUACCGGGACUGUGCCUUAGAGGUUCUGGGAAGGUUUGAGUUUAAGCUUGAACAUAUUCCCCGGGCCCAGAAUGCGGAGGCUGAUGUUCUCUCCAAGCUCAGCGCAGAAUCACCGGAAUACAUAAGCAAGUUAGCAACUGUCGAAGAGCUGGUAACCCCGAGUCUUAGCAACAGCGAGGUGAUCUGGGUAUCAGCUGAUCCCUCAGAGUGGCUGGACCGAUUGGCCAAAUAUAUUGAGGACGGUGAAGCCCCGGAAGAUCCCCAAGAAGCACGUCUACUUCGAAUGAGGGCGCCAACAUACAAGGUGCAGGAUGGAGUCCUCUGUAAGCGGUCUUAUAACGGUGUUCUACUCCGAUGCCUCGGAGCAGCAGAGGCGAAGGCAUUGAUGGAAGAAAUACAUGAAGGGGUAUGUGCUGCACACCAAGGUCCAUACUCCAUUUCCAGAAGGGCUAUUAUCCAGGGGUAUUUCUGGACAACGAUGAGGAAGGAUUGUGAAGAAUAUGUGCGCAAGUGUCCGACCUGCCAGCAGUUCCAGAAUAUGCCCGGGAGGCCAGCCACAAACUACACACCCAUCAGCUCUGUGAUUCCCUUUUCAAGAUGGGGAAUCGACAUUGUGGGAGCCCUACCAAAAGGAGCGGGGCAGGCACGGUGGAUUGUAGUUGCAAUAGACUAUUUCACAAAGUGGGUAGAGGCUGAGCCACUUGCGGGGAUCACCGGAAGGCAGAUGAUCGACUUCGUUGGGACCAAUAUACUCUGCAAGUUUGGGGUCCCGAAGCAGAUCAUAUCAGAUAAUGGAAUCCAGUUCGAGGAAACAGAAUUUCAAGACUUCCUCAAAACUUGGGGAAUUCAGCACACGAAGGUGUCUGUUGCGUAUCCACAGGCUAAUGGACAAGUGGAGAAUGUCAACGGAACUAUCAUUGACGGAAUAAAGAAGAAGCUACUUUCAGAGGGAAGCAAAUGGGUGGAUGAACUGCCCAGGAUCCUGUGGACAUACAGGAUGACUCCCAGGAGAGCCACGGGUGACACUCCUUUCGGCUUGGCUUAUGGCUUCGAAGCCCGGGCUCCCGCUGAGGUAGUAAUCCCCACCGGGAGAGAGAUGGAGUAUGACCCGGAGGUGAACGAACAGAAUCAGGCCGUAGAACUGAAUUUCAUAGAAGAACGAAGGGAUGAAGCACGGAUCCGGGCAGAAAAUUAUCGUCACCAGGUGAAAUAUUACUUUGAUAGCAAGGUGAAACCAAGGGCAUUCCAAGUGGGGGAUUAUGUUCUGAGGAAACGAGAGAAAAGUCAACCAACUAAGGGUGGGACGCUGGCAAAGAAGUACGAAGGACCUUAUAUCAUCAAGGCCGUUGUUCGCCCAGGUACCUACAAGUUGGUGACUCCCAAGGGAAAAGAAAUUGAUAGGACAUGGAAUGUAGAGCACUUGGUCAAAUUUUAUCAGUGAAUCAUUUUGUAAAAACACUCUAUUUUUCAAUUUAAGAUGUUAUUUCAGUAAAACUUCUUCUUUCUUUUAAUGCCAAGUGUCUUUGCAAUUUCAUUGUUCUAUGGAUUUCUUUAAAAAAACAAAAAAAAGGGGGGGGGGGAGACACCCCCGGGCGAUAUAGACCCACGUGCUACAGGGAGGUAGAAAAGUUUAUGCCACCUGCUAAAAAUAGGGGAGGUAGAUAAGUUUAUGCCCCCCCCCCUCCCCCGGAGGUAGAAAAGUUUAUGCCUCCGUCAAAAAUGAAGGAAAGGUUGGGAU